AUGGAUCUUCGAUCUGUCCUCAACACGUCGGAUGCCGGCGACCGCGCUCCGGCCAAAGCUCCUCCAAAGCCGCAACAACCCCCUCCGCCGCCUCAACAGCAUUCACAGCCUCAUCCGCAACAGCAGCCUCAUCAUCGUCCGCCCCAGAGUCCAGCUGGGGCUCCUCCUCCGCAGUAUUAUCGCGACUACAAUCGUCAACCACCGCCUCAGCCCUCGCCGGGCAAGCCGGUACCGCAGGAGUAUCCUCCGCAUGCUGGCCGUCCUCAUCAUCAACACCAACAGUCCCAGUCACGACCACAGUCGCGGCCGCCGUCGCACCCUCAGCAGUCGCCUCAUCAACCCCCUGCCGGGGCAUACCCCCCUCCCUCACCGUAUCAAACGCCGGGGCCAGGUCCAUAUCCAGGGCGUCCUGCGCCGCCGCCUCUUCAACCUGCGGGUUCUUUCCACGACGUGCGCUCACCCAGCGGCCCAGCUCCAGCUCAGUCUCCCUAUCGAACUGCGGUGACUCCAUCUGCAUCUGGUGGUGCUGGAUAUCCUUUCCCUACGCAGCCCCCUGCGGAGAUGGCCAGCCCGGUACAGCGUCAACAGUAUCCACCGCAGUAUCGGGAAAGUUUUUCUCAAGGCCCCCCAAGCGGGCCCCAAGCUCAUCCAUCUGCCUAUGCCGCGGCUCAGCAACAGCAACAGCAGCAUAGCGUUCCGCACACUCCACCCGUUGCGACUAACACUCAACCUUUUGUUCAUCAACGCUCCCAAUCGACACACUCAACUCCUACGCCCACCUCUGCUCAAUCUCAGCACCCAUACGGGCCGCCAUACAGUCACGGUAGCCCCGUCGCCGCAUCGCGCCCGCCUCCUGGCGAAUACAAUCGACAACCUUCCCAACCUGCGACGCCGAUUGGGCCUCCUUUGUCUGCUGGCUCUCGACAACCUUCGAACGCAAGUGGCUUUGCGCAGCCGCCCAGUCCCUAUCAACAAAGGCUAUCCGCGGCCGCCGCUCCAGUAGCGCAAGCACAGGCACAGGCACAAGCACAAGUACAAAGCUCACCACCACCGCCUCCCCCUCCGGUCAAGCGUAUAUCUAGCAGCUACGGCUCGCCUGCCCCGGACAUGCACCGACGAUCUCAGUCUCACAGCGAACGAGCACCAAGCGCAUCCGUCAGUCCAAAAACACGUGUACCAUCGCUCCAAAGUAACCCCGAUCCCCUCGCCGCAUUUGCAGCAGACGCCAAAGCCAAGCAGGCUCAGGCGCAACAAGCUCAACAAGCGCAGCAAGUUCAGAAGGCCCGGCAGGCCUCUAUUCCUCAGCCCAUGGCUAUCGACAGCGAACGCGCGACAACCCCGGCGAAACGAAAGCUCGAGGAUCGCGACCUAAGCCCCAAAGAAGAACCUGAGCAUCAGGAAAAGCGCGCUCGGCCCAGUGGGGUCAACGGCAGCCAUGCUGCUCAAUCCGUUCGUGGAUCACAGCCUCCUAGCUCACCCGUGGUUCAAGCACGCAAGAAGCGGAGGAAUCGCGCUCAGCCGCCAGUUUGGGCGCAGGAUGUCAGAGAGUUGAAUAACAAGAUGCCCAAUCACGCAAACUUUGUGUUGCAGAAGAGAGUGCAUUCACAUAUCAACGGAAAACCCGAGGCCAGCAACCGCACCAGUCGUCACGCUUCUCCCGAGUCAACAAGAGCCAACCCACCCGCUCCCCCUGCUCCUCCAGCCGAAGCCGGACCGCAAGACAUUCUCGGUGCUUGGGAGCCCAGCAUCACCGGUGUCAAGCCUUACGAGGAGAUCUCGAGAAGAGUGGCUGACUUCUUGUUUGUCAACAUCAUCAGCAUUCCUGACAUGGGCGAAAUUGUCAGCCGAAAUAUCCAGUUUGAGAUUGAGGCAAAGUUGGGCACACUCAUUGACAAGGAUACCAACCAUCGAGUAGACCGUGCUCUUGACUCGGAAUGUGUUUUGCAAGAAACCCAGCGCGUUGCCUUCCGAAGCAGCAUGACUGAGGCACAGCACAAAUACUUCAACGACUUCCUCAAUGAGAUUGUCAAACAAACUCAUCCACGCGCUCCCAAUGGAGGCAACCGUGUCCAAGUUCACUACAAGCAUCGACGAGAAGUUGACCGGUUUUUCGAGCUUCCGCCAGAGCUGCAGGCGCGGAUUCCCGGGUGCAUCCGCAGUCGUCUUGGCUCAAGGAUGAAGAGCGUCCGCGCCAGAGUAACUUACGACCAAAAGACCCGCGAGGUUCUUGCCAAGAUCAUCAAGGCGCGUGUGGCAGAUCUCGACAUCCAUUUCCCUCAGUGUCCAAUGGACUGCCGUAUCAGCAUCAAUCUCGAAAUGAACUGGGACGGUCCUGCAGAAGAGCUGGAGCAACUAGGGAACCAUCCAGAUCGCCAGCCUGAUCGAAACAAAGAUCGCCUCAGCUAUACCCACGGACAUUACCAAGUUGACCUUACUCAGGUCACACACGCAGCGUCUGGCCCAGGUGGCGCACAGCGGAUGGAAAAGGAGCACGAACUCGAGAUUGAGCUCAACCCCACCGUCCUCGUCGACCAAGGCCGCAGAGCUAGCAGUGGACAACCGCACCGUUACCAAGAGCUCGUCGAGGGCUUUGUCGACAAUGUGCGCGUUCUGGCUCGCAAAGCAAGGGAUCUCCAAUGA